UGCAUGCUCAGGAGGGCCGUGUCCAGCUGGCCAGCAGGUGGAAGGGCUCAGAAGGACUUGUUUCCUGGCCUGGAAAAGGUCUUAUCCCCCGCCCCUAUGACCAACAUGAGCUGGAGCUUCCUGACGCGGCUGCUGGAAGAGAUCCACAACCACUCCACGUUCGUGGGGAAGGUGUGGCUCACGGUGCUGGUGGUCUUCCGCAUUGUGCUCACCGCCGUGGGCGGCGAGUCCAUCUACUCCGACGAGCAGACCAAGUUCACGUGCAACACGCGGCAGCCCGGCUGCGACAACGUCUGCUACGACGCCUUUGAGGAACCCAUGCUGGGCCUGGGCGAAGAGGACGAAGACCCGGGAGUGGCCGAGGGCCUGGGUGAGGAGGACGAGGCCGAGGAUACGGGGGCGGCCAAGGGCGCAGGAGGGGACGCCAAGGUGGCUGCGGCCCCGGGUCCCGCGGGCCAGCAUGACGGGCGGCGGCGCAUCCAGCGCGAGGGCCUGAUGCGCGUGUACGUGGCCCAGCUGGUGGCGCGGGCCGCCUUCGAGGUGGCCUUCCUGGUGGGACAGUACCUUCUGUACGGCUUUGAGGUGCGGCCCUUCUUCGCAUGUAGCCGCCAGCCCUGUCCCCAUGUGGUUGACUGCUUCGUGUCACGGCCCACUGAGAAGACGGUCUUCCUGCUGGUCAUGUACGUGGUCAGCUGCCUCUGUCUGCUGCUCAACCUCUGUGAGAUGGCGCACCUGGGUCUCGGCAGCGCGCAAGACGCUGUGCGCGGCCGCCGCCCACUGCCCCCCUCCCCCGGCGCCAUGCCCCGCCCGCCUCCCUGCGCUCUGCCCGCUGCGCCUUCAGGCCUAGCCUGUCCGCCUGACUAUAGCCUGGUGGUUCGCACGGCUGAGCGCGCACGCGCCCAGGACCAGGACCUGGCCAGCCUGGCCCUGCAGGCGCUGCAGGACCGGCGGGCACUUGGGGACCUCGACAGUCCACCCGGCCCGGGCCUCCCAGUGAACGCCCGGGGGCCCCCGAAGGCUGGCGCCCCUGCGUCGGGGUCGGGCAGUGGCACAUCAGGGGGCACUGUGGGGGGCCAGGGUCGGCAGGGGAUCAAACCCAGGAUGGGCUCAGAGAAGGGCAGUGGGAGCAGCAGCAGGGAGGGUAAGACCACCGUGUGGAUCUGAGGCCUCCCCUUGGCUGCUCUGCAUCUUCCCUCUCCCCAGGGCGGAGGCAGGGGCUUCUAGGGAGGGGCUGGACACCACCUAAGGUGCAGAACACAACCUGCCCUCCUCUUCCCCAGCCGGCUGCUCACCCCCUCCGGAGGGGUACAGGGCACUGACCUUCUCUGCAUCAUCACCCCUCCCUGCCUGAGCCCUGUGUUCCUCCAGGGUAGGGUGGGCAGCCUGGGAACCAAGAAGGGUCCCCACCUCUGACCCAUAAGCCCUGGUGGGGGAUAGGACUGUGGCUGGGGCAUUGCCCGCCUCCCAGAGCCACCCAGCUGGCCCCCUCAGGACAAGGGGGCCCCCAGGCAGGAGCUCCACCCACUCCAGCCCUGCUUCCCUGCAGAAGCCAGGGCGUGACUGCCCAAGGGCGCCUGGCUUGGGUGUUUGAGGGGUUCUGUGCUUAUUCCCACUCCCUGCCUAGCAAAUGGGGUUCUUUCCCUAGCACCCACACUCUUCUAGUCCAUGCUCUGGUUCUUGCAGAGCUAGAGGCAAUGCCAGGUCUCCCUGGCAUAGAAGGAAAAACAGUGAGCACGGUGGUCAGAGGCUGCAGCCAGUGCUGGUUGGCACUGCUUCAUGCCUCACCCCCACCAGGUCCCAAAUAUGAGCUGCCUUGAAUGCAGGUGGAACUGCGCCCUGCUUCCUGCUUCCCGCCCAGACCGACCUGGGGCUAAGGCCUUGCAUGGGCUGGGGUGGAUGGGACCAUGCCCUCUCCAGCUCUGUGCUGGCCUGGCGUGGCCCCUUCCUUGGGCACAUACUUGAAAUUCUGAAAAGACACUGGCCUCCCUUGCCACUCAGACCAACAGGGUGGUGGUCAGGGGCUAUGACUUUGGCCACGCAGAGGGAAGGGACUCUGAAGCUCCUGCCACAGCCUCUUCCCUCCAGCCCCCUCUCCAACUCAGACACAGCCUCCAAAACAAAGGGAGUGAAAUAAAACUAACUUUUGUUUACA